CAGUAAUUCCACCAAUUACCAAUAUGCAUGACUCUUUUGUUGCAGGAUUUAUACUGCAGAAGAUACAAACACUAGAAACUAGAUUAAGAGUGGAAACAAAGAAUUCGCACGAUCAUUUUGUCCAGACUUGAUAAGCGAGAGUCGGUUAAAUAACUGAUUUUCAUGACUCGCUAUUCUGCAUCUUCAGAGUGAUCUCAAGCGGCCUAUAAACCAAGGGAAAUUACCUUUUCGUAAGCAAAGCCGUUGUUCGACGACUAUUCUAUUUACCAUGAAGAAGUUAUCUCCGACUCGAACCCCUUCACUGAGCGAUAUUCUUAAAGAGGCUGUGGGGUCGAAAUUAAGCGACAGGAGAGGGGACUAUAAGGUGUUGGAAUUUAAACCAGUUACUCGAUCGACGACCGGUGCGACAACAAGACAUACUCGCCUCCAUGAGGCAUCCAGCGAAAAUAGGAAUCGCGGUUUACCCGAAGCGACAAAGGUGUUACUUCAGAUACUGUUAGACCAAGAACGCUCUACACUGGCAGAAUACACGGUAAACAGUGUCACUUUCAAGGUGUUUGUGGUAGAAGAUACCGAACUUUAACAAGGUGACAUUAUGGUAGUGAGAUGGAGGUUUUAUAAGACCCCAAUAACCUACACAUGGAUUCCGUCUAACGUUCGCCGAAGUGUUUAAUAAUUUCAAGACCAAGCACUGAUUAUACACCUUAACUAACAGCAGAGAACUUCGUGACGACUUAACGAAGUGACGUUAAUCGGAUUUUUGUUGUAAGUUUACAAAGCUGUUUGUAUCGGGAAACAAAAAUCAUUGUUUUUAUAAAGACGAAACUUAAAGGUACAAUAUUUUCGUUUCUCAUGGUGACUUGCUUAUUUAUAUUCAGACACAUUUAAAACAACAUAUUGUAUAUGGACAUAACAUCGCCGUGCAAAGUGCUGCCCGGCUGUGAUCAUCAAAUUAAAUCUAUAUUUUGUUAAUAGUUCAUAUCUAGUGGCAAUUAAGAAAUCUAAGCCAAUCUCAUCAGUGAUUUGUGAACGUGGCUAAUGUAUAGCUGAGUAGCUCCAUUCUAUAACGAAGAGAGAAAGAACUAACUUUUUAUAUAAAUACUCAGCAAACAAAUAAAACAAAUCAAGUGAUUGUUUCCUAUAAACAAAGCUUCCGCGGAGCUUUUGUUCAUGAAGUGAAAGGAGGAUUAAAGACAGGUAAUAAGAGUUUAUCUAGAUCACGGACGGAGUGGCUGUUGUGGCGUUUAAAAUCAAUUCAUAACAUGCCAAUUGAUAUCUUUGAGCAACAAACUUGGUGCUCCAUGUUCUCUUUCGGUCAAACCCUAAUAUGCGCGUUAUUUGAUAUAAGAUGAUGGGGAAAGAGGAAUUAUAUCUGUAAAUGAACGAUUUAAAAGCGAAACACCUAUCAUGUACAUGUAAUUAAGU